AUGGAAAGACAGUAUUUGACCGACCAGAAGCCGGAAUUCAUCAAACGGGUGAGUUAUUUAUAUUGUAGUAGGUUUGAUUUUUAGGCCAUGCGAUGCAAAUGCCCGACGGUAAUGAUGGUGGUAAUGACUUGUUCCGCUUCGACGCAAUCAACCCGACCCUUUCUUCCAAUCGUCGACUUGGAUCAGCGCAAGAAACGGCCGUUCUAUGGAGUUAAAAGCGACGUGGUCAAGGUUUGCUAUGACUGCAAUUUGACUUAA